AUGAUGAUGGCAGAUUUUACAGGAGCGCAUACGCGGUUACAAAUGCAGCACGAGCUAAGCUUAAGGAAACUAAUAGAGGGUUCAGAGUAUCAAGAGGGACUGAACUACGACUUCAAUAUAAAAGGGGAAUUGAGGCAUCUGGAUACAAAUGAGCUCUUUGUUUUCAAUUACUACAAUGUACAUGAGUAUAAUCACAAACGCUAUCAAGCUUUGGGACAUUUCAUUAACCAAUAUGUUUAUGAGCUCCUGGAAAGAGUCUGCAUGCUGCAGAAAGUUUAUAUUCCUAGUGAUGCUACAGAGGAUGAACCAAGAAGUUUCUUUUUCAUGAGCAAGAAUGCACUAACAAGUUCCUCUAGGCUAACUGUCCUUCUUCAAGACCGUGGAGUUUUCUGUGCCGGACAGUGGGGGCAAAGAAUAAUUGUCAGUGAGGGCCUGGAGUGUGGAACACAAAUACCAUUUAUCAAAAAGGCCCUUCAAAGCCACGGGGGAGUGAUUGUAUUGAAUCCCAAUGACAACUUCAUUGAUCUGAAGACUGAAAAGGAGAGGUUAAGCUUUUCUACCAAGGAAGAAUCACUGACUUCUAUGCAGUCCAUCCCCAAGAGGUACAGUAGCAGUCCCGAGGAACAUACCAUGUAUGUAUGGGAUCAUUUCAUUUCAAAGAGCAAAGCUAAGAAUGUGGCUUUCAUUGCCCAUGGAUAUGGUGGCUUGGUGUUUGUUGAUCUGCUGGUGCAGAGGAAAAGGGAGGUAAUGAAUAAAGUGUACUGUGUGGCAUUCAUUGACUCCAUGCACAACAUAGAGCACCAGACUGGAAGCGACCCACAAACACAAGAAUGGAUACAGAAAUACUGCUGUGAAUGGGUGUCAAACACUAAGCCUCUAGAUAAAGCUGUCCAUUCUCUCAUGAAAAUUAAUUGUCCUACUCUCUCUGCUGGAACGAAAAACUAUGGUUUAGCACCCUCCUGCUGCCUACGUAGCAUCUUUAAGUACCUGAAGAGCACACUGGAAAAAACAAACAGGACAGCCUUUACGCGUUUACCUGUUGCAACCAGAAGCAGAACAAGUAAGAAGACAUGCACUAAAUAA